AUGUGUUUCUGCGACUCUUUUUCCUGCCAUCGUCUCUCCCCUUUGCUGCCUUGUCCCACUCAACCCAUUUCCCUCAUCCCCACCCAUCCCCGUUCUCUCUGCGGCCCCCCAUCCUUCCCUGUCUUUCCCCCCCAUCCUUCCCUGUCUUUCCCCCCCAUCCUUCCCUGUCUUUCUCCCCCAUCCUUCCCUGUCUUUCCCCCCCAUCCUUCCCUGUCUUUCCCCCCCAUCCUUCCCUGUCUUCCCCCCCCAUCCUUCCCUGUCUUUCCCCCCCAUCCUUCCCUGUCUUUCCCCCCCAUCCUUCCCUGUCUUUCCCCCCAUCCUUCCCUGUCUUUCCCCCCCAUCCUUCCCUGUCUUUCCCCCCCAUCCUUCCCUGUCUUUCCCCCCCAUCCUUCCCUGUCUUUCCCCCCCAUCCUUCUCUGUCUUUCCCCCCCAUCCUUCCCUGUCUUUCCCCCCCAUCCUUCUCUGUCUUUCCCCCCCAUCCUUCCCUGUCUUUCCCCCCCAUCCUUCCCUGUCUUUCCCCCCCAUCCUUCCCUGUCUUUCCCCCCCAUCCUUCCCUGUCUUUCCCCCCCAUCCUUCCCUGUCUUUCCCCCCCAUCCUUCCCUGUCUUUCCCCCCCAUCCUUCCCCGUCUUUCCCCCCCAUCCUUCCCCGUCUUUCCCCCCCAUCCUUCCCUGUCUUUUCCCCCCAUCCUUCCCUGUCUUUCCCCCCCAUCCUUCCCUCUCACAGACAGCAGCGACGUGUUAUUGAAGACCAAUGUCAUAAACGUGAACACGUGCUGCCAAAAAUGCGCCCAAGCUGACAAGUGCGUCUUUUUCCACUACGAGCCGCCGAUUGUUCCCGGCAACGGCGUCUGCCGGCCGCUAACCAGCUUGGACAAAUUCACCGUAGACAACACUAAAACGAGCAUCAAUCCGUCUUAUAUCGGGGGCAGCUGCAACCCGCUGGCAGAAGUGAAGAACGACCCACAUUUCGUGGGUGCGGAGGGCACGAGAUUUGAUUUCCACGGGGAGCUGAAUCGAUCCUUCUGCCUGCUGACUGACCGGGAUUUUCAUAUCAACAUGGGCAUCAAGGGGUAUGAGGACGGGAGAAUGGCGGUGGGGGGAAGGAGAGGAGGGAACGGAAGACGCAAGUUGCCCAUACGAUCCUGGAUCAGGGAGCUCUACAUGACGUGGCGAGAUCCCAUUGGCCGGCAGCACUCGGUGUUCCUGAAGGCGCGCGACGGCAAGGAGCAGCGGCGGGGGGAGAGGGGAUUCAUUGAGCGGAUGGAGAUGGACGGGCGACCUCUUACCCCUCCCACUCAGGUGGGACAGGCAGUGCAUGGGGAGGGGGCCUUUCACAUGGUGCUGGCAGAGGCGGGUGGCAUGGGGGAUGGGAGGGACAGGGACACAUACCGCGUGCGCGUGGGGGGAGUAGCAAGCAUGGAGCUGUCCUUGCAUGCCGCACACCCGCUGCUGCAGACGGCUGACGAGGCUUACACUCACUUCAAUGUCUAUAUUAAGUACCUCAAUGUUAGUAUUCAAAAGGCUCGCUGGCAGACUUUUCGAGGGGAAAUUACCCGGGCUAAACGCGCAGAGGAGUAUGGGCUGCUGACUAGGCUGCUGAGAGCGCCGAUUCAAGCUGACGGGGAGACAGGGCGAGGCUUUCUGGAUGGUGACGUGGAGGAUUAUGCCACGUCAGCAAUCGAUGCUGCUGACUGUGCGUUUGCCACAGCAUGGAAUGAGGCUCGGAGGAAGGUUCGGGACGAGCUGGGGGAGGUUGGCGAGGAGCAGGGGGCUUCUGGAGAGGCUGAUGAGGAGGCUCGGGGGGAGGUUGAGGAGGCUGAGGAGAAAGUUCAGAAGGAGGUUCGGGACGAGGCUGGAGAGGGCGUGAGGCUGCAGCAGGAUCCGGCGUGGAGGAAGGGGAGGGAGGAAGACCCAGGUUGGGGUUGGGUGGGGGGUGGACAGUUUGAGACAAACGCGCCGCACACGCUACACGGAAGGGCGGAGGCUCCAACAGGUUUCCGGCGUGGGAGAACGGGAGGGAUGCGGGUGGAUGUGACUUUUGAGUCGACUCAAAAGUCACCUCGGAGGCUGCAGCAGGUUUCGAGCCUAGAAGAGGGGGAGGGGGAUGCAAGGGGGCGAAGGCAAGAGUGGGAGCGGGAAAAAAACGAUAGGCGAUUCGAGUGUAGGGUGAGGCCGUUCUCAGCCGGCGGGGAGUUUGAGUCAAACGUGAGGCCGUUCUCAGCCGGCGGGGAGUUUGAGUCAAACGUGCGGCCGUUCUCAGCCGGCGGGGAGUUUGAGUCAAACGUGAGGCCGUUCUCAGCCGGCGGGGAGUUUGAGUCAAACGUGAGGCCGUUCUCAGCCGGCGGGGAGUUUGAGUCAAACGUGAGGCCGUUCUCAGCCGGCGGGGAGUUUGAGUCAAACGUGCGGCCGUUCUCAGCCGGCGGGGAGUUUGAGUCAAACGUGCGGCCGCUCUCAGCCGGCGGGGAGUUUGAGUCAAACGUGCGGCCGUUCUCAGCCGGCGGGGAGUUCGAGUCAAACGUGCGGCCGCUCUCAGCCGGCGGGGAGUUUGAGUCAAACGUGCGGCCGUUCUCAGCCGGCGGGGAGUUUGAGUCAAACGUGCGGCCGUUCUCAGCCGGCGGGGAGUUUGAGUCAAACCCGGCGGGGAGUUUUGAGUCAAACGUGCGGCCGUUCUCAGCCGGCGGGGAGUUUGAGUCAAACGUGCGGCCGUUCUCAGCCGGCGGGGAGUUUGAGUCAAACGUGCGGCCGCUCUCAGCCGGCGGGGAGUUUGAGUCAAACGUGCGGCCAUUCUCAGCCGGCGGGGAGUUUGAGUCAAACGUGCGGCCGCUCUCAGCCGGCGGGGAGUUUGAGUCAAACGUGCGGCCGUUCUCAGCCCGCGGGGAGUUUGAGUCAAACGUGCGGCCGUUCUCAGCCGGCGGGGAGUUUGAGUCAAACGUGAGGCCGUUCUCAGCCGGCGGGGAGUUUGAGUCAAACGUGCGGCCGUUCUCAGCCGGCGGGGAGUUUGAGUCAAACGUGCGGCCGUUCUCAGCCGGCGGGGAGUUUGAGUCAAACGUGCGGCCGCUCUCAGCCGGCGGGGAGUUUGUGUCAAACGUGCGGCCGUUCUCAGCCGGCGGGGAGUUUGAGUCAAACGUGCGGCCGUUCUCAGCCGGCGGGGAGUUUGAGUCAAACGUGCGGCCGUUCUCAGCCGGCGGGGAGUUUGAGUCGAACGUGCGGCCGUUCUCAGCCGGCGGGGAGUUUGAGUCAAACGUGCGGCCGCUCUCAGCCGGCGGGGAGUUUGAGUCAAACGUGCGGCCGUUCUCAGCCGGCGGGGAGUUUGAGUCAAACGUGCGGCCGCUCUCAGCCGACGAGGAGUUUGAGUCAAACGUGCGGCCGUUCUCAGCCGGCGGGGAGUUUGAGUCAAACGUGCGGCCGCUCUCAGCCGGCGGGGAGUUUGAGUCAAACGUGCGGCCGCUCUCAGCCGGCGGGGAGUUUGAGUCAAACGUGCGGCCGUUCUCAGCCGGCGGGGAGUUUGAGUCAAACGUGCGGCCGCUCUCAGCCGGCGGGGAGUUUGUGUCAAACGUGCGGCCGUUCUCAGCCGGCGGGGAGUUUGAGUCAAACGUGCGGCCGUUCUCAGCCGGCGGGGAGUUUGAGUCAAACGUGCGGCCGUUCUCAGCCGGCGGGGAGUUUGAGUCAAACGUGCGGCCGUUCUCAGCCGGCGGGGAGUUUGAGUCAAACGUGCGGCCGCUCUCAGCCGGCGGGGAGUUUGAGUCAAACGUGCGGCCGUUCUCAGCCGGCGGGGAGUUUGAGUCAAACGUGCGGCCGCUCUCAGCCGAUGAGGAGUUUGAGUCAAACGUGCGGCCGUUCUCAGCCGGCGGGGAGUUUGAGUCAAACGUGCGGCCGCUCUCAGCCGGCGGGGAGUUUGAGUCAAACGUGCGGCCGCUCUCAGCCGAUGAGGAGUUUGAGUCAAACGUGCGGCCGUUCUCAGCCGGCGGGGAGUUUGAGUCAAACGUGCGGCCGCUCUCAGCCGGCGGGGAGUUUGAGUCAAACGUGCGGCCGCUCUCAGCCGGCGGGGAGUUUGAGUCAAACGUGCGGCCGUUCUCAGCCGGCGGGGAGUUUGAGUCAAACGUGCGGCCGCUCUCAGCCGGCGGGGAGUUUGAGUCAAACGUGCGGCCGUUCUCAGCCGGCGGGGAGUUUGAGUCAAACGUGCGGCCGUUCUCAGCCGGCGGGGAGUUUGAGUCAAACGUGCGGCCGCUCUCAGCCGGCGGGGAGUUUGAGUCAAACGUGCGGCCGUUCUCAGCCGGCGGGGAGUUUGAGUCAAACGUGCGGCCGUUCUCAGCCGGCGGGGAGUUUGAGUCAAACGUGCGGCCGCUCUCAGCCGGCGGGGAGUUUGAGUCAAACGUGCGGCCGUUCUCAGCCGGCGGGGAGUUUGAGUCAAACGUGCGGCCGCUCUCAGCCGGCGGGGAGUUUGAGUCAAACGUGCGGCCGUUCUCAGCCCGCGGGGAGUUUGAGUCAAACGUGCGGCCGUUCUCAGCCGGCGGGGAGUUUGAGUCAAACGUGCGGCCGUUCUCAGCCGGCGGGGAGUUUGAGUCAAACGUGCGGCCGCUCUCAGCCGGCGGGGAGUUUGAGUCAAACGUGCGGCCGUUCUCAGCCGGCGGGGAGUUUGAGUCAAACGUGCGGCCGUUCUCAGCCCGCGGGGAGUUUGAGUCAAACGUGCGGCCGUUCUCAGCCGGCGGGGAGUUUGAGUCAAACGUGCGGCCGCUCUCAGCCGGCGGGGAGUUUGAGUCAAACGUGCGGCCGUUCUCAGCCGGCGGGGAGUUUGAGUCAAACGUGCGGCCGUUCUCAGCCGGCGGGGAGUUUGAGUCAAACGUGCGGCCGUUCUCAGCCGGCGGGGAGUUUGAGUCAAACGUGCGGCCGCUCUCAGCCGGCGGGGAGUUUGAGUCAAACGUGCGGCCGUUCUCAGCCGGCGGGGAGUUUGAGUCAAACGUGCGGCCGUUCUCAGCCGGCGGGGAGUUUGAGUCAAACGUGCGGCCGUUCUCAGCCGGCGGGGAGUUUGAGUCAAACGUGAGGCCGUUCUCAGCCGGCGGGGAGUUUGAGUCAAACGUGAGGCCGUUCUCAGCCGGCGGGGAGUUUGAGUCAAACGUGCGGCCGUUCACAGCCGGCGGGGAGUUUGAGUCAAACGUGCGGCCGUUCUCAGCCGGCGGGGAGUUUGAGUCAAACGUGCGGCCGUUCUCAGCCGGCGGGGAGUUUGAGUCAAACGUGAGGCCGUUCUCAGCCGGCGGGGAGUUUGAGUCAAACGUGAGGCCGUUCUCAGCCGGCGGGGAGUUUGAGUCAAACGUGCGGCCGUUCACAGCCGGCGGGGAGUUUGAGUCAAACGUGAGGCCGUUCUCAGCCGGCGGGGAGUUUGAGUCAAACGUGCGGCCGUUCACAGCCGGCGUGAUUGGAACGGCGCGUCCGUUCAUUCAUGUCGACCAUGGCUUCUCCUCACAGCCAUCGCAUCUUUUAGGCGCCUAG